AUGGAAGCUUCUAACAUAUCUCGUCUGGUUGUGAGAGAACAAAAACUAGGACACAGAAGAGUUGACGAUGAAGGACAAGUCACCUAUAAACAUAAACCGACUUCAGAACUCAUGUCCGCCAUUCAACUGGGCAUUGGGCAGAGUAUCGGUGGAUUGUCGCCAAAACCGAAGAGAGAUGUUCUUUAUGGAGAUUUCGAUGUCGUCGAAUCCAUUUUCUUCCCGAGGGAAGGUUCCAACUCGACGCCAGCACAUCGAUACAGUGACUUCAGAUUCAAAACCUAUGCACCUGUCGCGUUCAGAUAUUUUAGAGAUCUCUUUGGCAUACAACCGGAAGAUUUUCUGUUAUCUCUAUGCAACGAGCCCCUGAAGGAACUUUCCAACCCGGGAGCAAGUGGGAGCAUCUUCUACCUGUCCAACGAUGACGAAUUCAUCAUAAAGACUGUCCAACGAAAGGAAGCUGAUUUCCUUCAGAAACUUCUUCCUGGUUAUUACAUGAACCUCAACCAAAACCCUAGGACGCUGCUACCAAAGUUUUAUGGAUUGUACUGUUAUCAGUGUGGUGGAAAGAACAUUCGCUUCAUAAUAAUGAACAACCUUCUGCCAUCGACCGUGGUGAUGCACAGCAAAUUUGACCUGAAGGGCAGCACGUAUAAGAGGAAGGCCAGCCAGCAGGAAGUCAUGAAACCACACCCAACCUACAAAGAUCUGAACUUCGAGGAGUUCUACCCGGAUGGUCUGCUGCUCGACGCUGAUACUUACAGUGCUCUGAUCAAAACUAUUGAAAGGGAUUGUAGGGUGCUACAAAGCUUCAAGAUCAUGGAUUACAGCAUGCUCCUAGGACUGCACAACUCAACUAUAGCCAACAGAUCUGUUAACAGAACAACAGAUCAAUACAGCAAGACAGUACUCCAACCAGUAUGGAGGAUGGCUCAGUUCUCGACGGCCCUGGAAGCCAUUCAGUCUAACGCCGAUCCUAUGAGUGUACUGCUACAAGAGGACCAAGAUCUCUUAGGCGGCAUACCAGCUCAUUCGAGUAACGGCGACAAGUUAAUCCUGUACAUGGGAAUCAUUGAUAUCCUACAGAGUUACAGGUUCAGUAAGAAGCUGGAGCACGCCUUCAAGUCCAUGAUUGCUGACGGAGAUACAAUAUCAGUGCACAGGCCAGGCUUCUACGCACAGAGGUUCCAAUCAUUCUUCGCCAAUAAAAUUUUCAAAAAGAUACCAACACGUCAGUCUCAUUCAUUUCCACUUAUUCUGAAUGUUAUUUUGUGCAGGGCAUUCUUAGCUGCAAAAUAUGCGUGUGUGCGUGCGUGUGUGCGUGCGUGUGUGUGGUGUGGUGUAUGUGCACGCGCGUGUGUGUAA